UAGGUCACUUUAUAUUCUCCCAAGAAUAAGACCAGCGUCUGUUGUCCAUCGGUAGCCAUAUUGAAUGAUGAACCUUGUUUUGAACUAAGGUCGAAAAGUGCCAUGUUAUUUUUUCAAAAAUAAGAUGGUUAAAGUGAAGGACAAUAUGAUAAAGGUUCCUUGCUUCACAGGACUUAUCAUUACAAAAGUGUUUCCAGAUUUCUAACAAUGUAAUUAAUUAGUAAUAAUAAUUUAAACAAAGAGAAUAAAACAUUAUGGCCAAGGAAGGGGAGGGCGGAACUGUCAGAGCAAAUCCGACAUAUACAAAAUGGUUGUUGGAAGCCAUUAAUAAAGUAAAAAGUCAGAAGCAAAGACCAAAUGAUGAAAGAAUCUGCCAUGCAGUCCAACAAGUUCAUAAAGUAAGCAAGGAUUCAUUACUGGAACAACUUGAGCUGGCAGUAAGAGAUGGAAGUGUACUAAAAGUUUUGAACAAAGGAAUCUGUUCAUACAGAGAUCCAAGCAACGGGCCACCUCUAAAACCGCUUAAAGUGAGCCCCGGCUCUGACUUGACUAAAUAUGUCAUUCGUGCUGUAAGAAAUUGUGAUUCUAAAGGAGGAAUCACUUUAAAACAAAUAGAAACAUAUGUGCAAAGUGUAUAUACUGUUAAAGCCAGUGAUUCUAGUCUACUAGAAAGUCUCAAAUCAGCUGUUCGAAUGGGUAUCAUACGGGGUAAACUAGAACAAGAUGGGAAACUGAUUAAAUUGAAGGAGGGAUCAGUGACAGACAAUGGAAGAUUGGUUGGUGAUGACUUUUCAGAGCACACAUUUUGCUUUGAGGAAGAAAAUAAGGAGAUCUGCCCCCCUUGCCCAGUAUGCAGUUUUUGUUUGGGUGAUGAGAAGAAGAACAGAGAUGGUGUACCCGAAGAGCUGAUAUCGUGUGUUGACUGCGGUAAUAGCGGUCACCCUUCCUGUUUGAAGUUUUCUACCGAAUUAACCAAGAAUGUCAAGAAAACACGGUGGCAAUGUAUUGAGUGCAAAACCUGCUUCUUUUGUCGCAAAGCAGGGAGAGAGGAUAACAUGCUGUUUUGUGACUCCUGCGAUCGAGGCUUUCACAUGGAUUGCUGUGACCCUCCAGUAAUAAAAGCUCCAAAAGGCCAGUGGGUAUGCAAUAUCUGUGAUCCAGACAGAGGGAAUAAGAAAGGAAGAACAUACUUAGUGUUGGCUGAGAAGUACAAGAAGAAACAUGGCAGAUCAGGAAUUCCAAAGACUCCGGAUAGUGGGAAAAGUCCCAAGUCAAAGCAGUGUUGUCCAACACCUGGUUGUGAUGGGUCAGGCAAUAUAAAUGGAAAAUCUAGACAUCACAGAAGGCAGUAUCAGUGUCCCAAGAUUCCUCCAAAUCAAAGACCCCCACGCAAGAAACUGGAAUGUAGUAAGAAGAUGGGCAGUGAUCAUGAUAGCAGUUCGGAUUCUGACUGUGAGAUGCAGCCCCACACGCCCCUCCCCCCUGGGGUGGAGCAGGAGGAUGUGGACUUGUUCAACCAGGCCCAGGACCGAGCACAGGAUGCCCUCAAUAAGCUUGACACUGGUUUCCAGGAAAUGGAAGAUCAGGCACUACAUCGAAACCCAAAGUCUGCAGAGAACUCUACAUCAAUAACUGGAGCAGAGUUAUUGAACACAAGCCUUCAUCAUGGGCCCUCAACUACGAGUUUGGGGUCAGUGUUGACCAUGUCUAUGACACAUACCAGUACAACUACAUCGGCCCCAGUUGGGAACCAGAACUCUGCCUCAGGAUCACUAGCCCCCACGUCCAGUACGUCCUCUACAGCCAGUGUGGUGCCAGCUCAGGGACCCUACCCUCCGUGUAUUGAGUUUGGGAAGUACGAGAUACAGACCUGGUACUCCUCACCAUAUCCACAGGAGUAUGCUAGACUUCCUAAAUUGUACAUCUGUGAAUACUGCUUGAAGUACAUGAAAAGCAGGAGUGUUUUACAGAGACACAUGAACAAAUGUGGCCUUCAGCACCCGCCAGCAAAUGAGAUCUACCGCCAUAACGGGCUGUCAGUAUUUGAAGUGGACGGCAAUGUGAGCAAGAUAUACUGCCAAAACCUGUGUCUCCUUGCAAAGCUGUUUCUGGACCACAAGACUCUUUACUACGACGUUGAACCCUUUCUCUUCUAUGCACUGACCCAGAAUGAUGAAGAAGGCUGUCAUUUGGUUGGAUAUUUCUCCAAGGAGAAACAUUGCCAACAGAAAUAUAACGUCUCCUGUAUCAUGACUAUGCCUCAGUGUCAGCGAAAAGGAUAUGGUCGCUUCCUUAUAGAUUUUAGUUAUUUAUUAUCUCGGCGGGAGGGUCAGUCUGGGUCUCCAGAGAAGCCCCUGUCUGACCUUGGUAGGGUCAGUUACCAGGCCUACUGGCGCAGCGUUAUCCUGGAGUACAUUGCAAACUGCCCAUCAGAGUCAACCAUCACCAUUAAAGGAAUCAGCAGACAAACAGGAAUGUGCCCCCAGGACAUCACUCAGACGUUGCACCUUCUGAACAUGAUCAAAUGCCAAAACGACAAGGUGGUGGUAAUGGUGAAUCGACCCCUGGUAGAUAACCACAUGGACAAGCUACGGAAUUCCCAGCGUCAAGAUCUCAAUGAUGAUGCUCUGAAGUGGACGCCCCUGAUCUCAAGUCAAUGUCUACUGGAGGAAGAGAAGAACACUGAGAAAGAGGUCAGUAAUGAUCUGCGCAAGAUGUCGAAACUGGUGAGCAGCAUGUCCCAUGAGUUUGGCAGCAGUCCCAUCAAGAGUGACCUGGAUGACUCCUACCUCAGCCCCAUGAAGGAUGCUGUUGGGGUCAAGGACAGUACACCAGUCAAGACUCCACCUUCGCCCCUCACUGGCAAGGCUCAGAUACGCAAAAAGCGUGGACAGAAGCGUAAGCUUGCUAAUCAUUUCAUUCAUGCAGAUGACAGAAAAAGAACAAAGUACGAUUCAGAUGCUGAAGAUGAAGAUUCUGGUGAUGAAGAGGAUCAACCAAAACGUGACUCACGACAUGUGAACAAUAAAUCAUUGACAGAAACGUCCAUGAACGAGUCUCUGUUUUCUCCUGCUAGUCAGAUAAAACCUCGAGGAAGAGGUUGGCCAAAGGGGGUGCCCAGAAAGAAGCGUGCUGAUGACUCCCCAGCCGCUAUGGUUCUGACAGGCCGAGGUCGUGGUAGAGGUCGCGGUAGUGGUAGCGGUCGGCGCCCUGGCCGCCCACCAAAGAAACGAGAUGAAAAACAGGUAGAGACCAGCAUGGAUGAACAAACAAGUGACAAUGAUCAGGAGGACAAUGAUUUGAGAACAGACCAUUCCAAGUACAGAGACAGACAGUUGCCCAAUGGAGAACUGAAUUUGUCUAGUGAUACAUCAUCAAGUGAUAGCGAAAGUGAACAUGAAACAAGACUACCUGUGAAAAAUAAUAUAGUAUCUCAUAAUAGGAGGAGUACAUUGAAAACAAGUGCUAAGACUGAGUCUAAGGGUGGAAAUAAAGUUACUUCUGAGAAUCAUACCAGUACUGAAUUAAAGGUUCGUAAAUCACCUAUUAAACUUGAACGUACUGCUUGUACCAAAAAAUCCUCAAGUCCGUCUAGCACAGAAGGAGUGCGAGAAAAAUUGACACCAGAAGUGCCAGUUUGUGUCCCUAGUCCUUCACCAGUGCUACCAGAGUCCUGUUCGGACUUUGUGUCAGAUUCCAUCAGUGAUGAUGUGCCUUCAUUGACUCCUCAAAUGCCUACCCCUCACAGUGUUGAUAGCUUUGAUGGACCAAACAGCAUUGAUAGAGCUUUUGAGGAAGGGGAAUCGAAAGUCCGUGCAACAGCCGGUGCCAAUAAUUCCUGUUUAAAAACAACUUCUGACCUUGCAAGAAAUCGCCCGAGAUCAGAUGUAGGAAUGGAUGCACAAGAUUGUUUUGGUGGUGAUGAUAAACAAAUAAAUGAGCUCAGUGAAGCAGACUCUAGCGCUUUAGCAAGCAGUAGUAUUGUUGAACAAAUGGCAAAUGAAGAUAUGGAACAUGAAUUAGAUGAUUGUGAUGACAUAGACAAUGAUAAUUCAAUGGGUGACAUACCAAGUGAUGAUAAUUUGCAGGACUUUGAUAGUGAUACGUCUGCAAGUGAGGCAUUGAGAGCUACAGAAAAUCUUAUAGCCGCAGAGAUAAACAGUAGUAUGGAACAGCCUGAGGAAACAACUGCUGCAGCAAAUAACCUAACCAAUGAGCCUCUAGUGCAGCGAGAGGAGACAAUGCAUAUUGACAGUAUUGCAAGCGUAGGCAGCUCUCAUAGUGUGAAUGUGUCCAGUGUUGAACCUCCGAUACAGCAGCCAGAGCCACCGAUGCCGAGUCCCAGGCACCCACAUCCGAGCCCACACAACAUCGUGAGUCCACAUCAUCCCAGCCCACAUCAGCCAGGACCCAGUCCGCACUUGCCAAGCCCUCACCACACCAUGAGUCCACAUCACACUCUGAGCCCACAUCCAAAUCAUGUAAGUCCACAAUGUAACCAGAUGAACAAUCAGAUGUUUUCUCCAAACCAGCAGAUGAAUAACCUGAACAGUUCAAAUAUGUCAAGCAAUCGCUAUGGCAAUGAGAUUGAUGUGAGUCAGCUGGCUGGACUUGAAUCUCCCACCUCCAUGAGCAGCACGGAGCUUCAGAACACGUCUGGUGAUGGAUCUCUACAGCAACAUAGGCAGCAGCAGUCCCUGGGAGCCUCCAUCACAUCAUUGCUGGCAGACUGUGCACAGCAACAUCCACAGCAGCAACUGUUCACUAACAACCAUUUCACAAACAAUCCAGUGCAAAUAUCAUACUGUGCCACAUCCUAUAUGGACACUGUAAACCCGGCUUUGAUUGGCAACUCUUGUGGAGCCUACAUGCCAAUUAUGACCAGCACGCAGGCAGCAAUGAAUUUCAUGUCACCUAAUAAUUUCUCGCAAGUGUUAUUACAACAGCAGCCACCGCAACAAAACCAAACUCAACGUCUUUCACACAACAACACACCAUGUCCGUCUAAUGUUCGGCAAGGAAAUGCCACUGGCUUUGAUAACCGACAUAAUAGCUGUAGUCUUGCAAAACUUCAGCAAAUGACCAAUGGUAUUAUGGACAUUAUCCCAGAGAAUCAGCAAAUGACGCCCCCACCUCAGCUUACACCACCCCCUUCUGUCAGCAGCAUGUCGACGCCAACAUCCAUGAUGCGUGCUAUGCAGACUCCUAACCCAGUUCAACAAACAAUGCAGCAGCAGCAACAACAACAGCAGUACCAGCAGCAGAGGCAAUAUCAGCAGUCUAGUAGACAAAAGUCAAGUAGUUCUUCCAAACAGAAAAACACUAAUGUCAAUAUUGGAUCUAAUAUCAAUAUGGGACCAAACGUUCCUUUUUCUCCAAACGUUGCUAUUCAGCCCAAUACCAACAUGCUUCCACGGUAUAACAUUAUGGAUCCCUAUAGAAUGCAACAGCCUAUGCUGAACACCAGCUACAUAACUGCAAAUCCAAGCUUCAUCAACCAGCUCCGCCAGCCAAAUUUACCAAUGCAGAUGAGCCUUCAGAUGAACAUGAACCCUAUCAACUCUAUAAACUCUAUAAACACUAUGAAUCACAUGAACAUGAAUCCACAGCAGCAUUUCCAGCAACAGGCUUUUCAGCCUCCCCAGUCCAACAAUGUGUACACCUACGGCUACAUCAAUGGUGGCUUACAGAACCCACUGAAUAUGAACAUGAGACGAUGAAAGGACUAGUGUGUGGAAUAUACCCGUAAUUUUGAUUACAAUUUGAAAAGUGCUUGAUUUUGUUGUUACAUUGAAGUGGUAUCAGAAUGUGUUGCGUGUUGGUAGGCAGUAAAAUGACAUUUCAUAUAAAUGAUUGUGUUUUGGUUGUGAUUUUUAUCAAGCGUUAUAUUAUCUAUGUGCAAAUAACAUUCUUGUUUAGACUUUAUGCAAGCUUGUAUAUUGUUUGUGCAGUGGGCUGGUCUCAAUUUGAAAUGUGUAAUUAACCAUCCAAUCAUUCCAUCAUCAAGUCAUUUUUACUAGCAUCAUUUUAGCAUUAGUGUUCAUCGUUAUUUUCAUAAAUUCUUGAGUGUGAUUUUUCAGUAGUAGAAACUGAAAAUACGUUUUAGAUAUUUUCUUUUUUAUUCAGACUUUAAAUGGCAUAUUUUGUAUAGCCUAUCCUUUGGUAAGAAAGCUCUAAUGAGGAAUAAUGUGCUACCUAUAUCUAGUCCUUAAGACUGCUUUCAGGUUAACCAAACCUAGCACCGGUCUCAUCUGCCACUUUGCCAUAAGUAUUACUGUAGCAGUAAUGGUUGCCUUGUAUAUGUUAUAUGGUUUUAGUUUGUAUAUUUUUGCUCGACCAGCAUCUGUCGGAUGCAGUAAAUCAUAACCUUGAAAUGCACUCCAUCCAUGCAAACUUGUAUUUAAUUGGAGGACAUCCAUUAGAGAGAUGUGUCCAAGUAUUCUAAGGUUGUUUGGACGUUUUGUGAUAGCAUUAUUAACUUUUUUGAAAAUAUUUUUCUGUUGUCUUAUUCAUUUAUUUAUUAUUUUAAUAUCUUAUUGUACAUAAGUAUAAUUGGGCACUAUAAAAUUGUAAUUACUGGCCUUGUUACUGUUUGAAGUAUUAUUGUAGACUUAAUGGAAUCAGUAAGAAAACUGGAAUCCAUACUUAAAAGCUGGGCAAUUAUUUUAUUGUCAAAUGGUAAAAAACAUUUGUCUUAACGACUGUAUAAUUGACGUUAUGAAUCUCUGCAAUGUUUAAUGACUUGCCUUGGUCUGACUGUAUAUUUUGUGUAUUAUUUUAUCAGCCAGCUCAUUUAGACAUCCUUAUCUUCUGCAUCUUUACUUUGUAUAUACUGGAACUCCCAUUGUGGAUUGUGCAUUUAUUAUUUAAUUAAAGAACAAUUUGUUGAAUUUUACAACUUG